AUGCUACUCGUCUUCCGACAGGUGCUUCAAAGCUCGUGGUCCAUGGUGAAAUACUUCAAGCAGGACUUAGUCAAGACUCUGGAAUCAAAUUGGGGAAAUCAGACGGGUGCGUGGGAGGCUUUACUCAAGCUCGUGCAAUCCGCAUCUGCCUUGUCGUUUGCGGUGCGAGCACCCUCCCACAACGACGAGGAACUGCAACAGCUCCACAAGCAUGCGCAAGACAUGGUGCAUGUGGCGAAGGAAGUUAUCGGGAAGGACGGCGUGAGGCCUUCAAUGCACAGUACCCUACACUAUUCGGAAGCCGUGAAGAACCACGACCCAAUGGCCUCCUCCUCCUUUUGCUGGCGCGUCAGGACACAUGCCCAACGCCUCUAG